AUGUGUGUAAUAAUUAAAUAUCUAUACACACAUACAUACACAUACAGAUGCAGAGAUUAUAUCAAAUUAUCAUUGCAAAAGGAGUCCACCUCACUUGUGAAUAAUCCUUAUAAUCAAGUGAAAAAGACGGGGACACCUUCAACAUUCAACAACAACAACACCAACAGCACUACAUCCAGUUCUAAUCAUCAACUGGAUGAAAUUGAUCAUGAAGAAUUAGAAUCAAUCAUCUCUUUAAUAAAUGAUCAUGAUCACCAUUUAACGGAUCAUUAUAAUCCGAUUGAAAACUUGAAAAAUCAUCAUCAAUAUUAUCAACAAGUAUUGAGUUCAAAUUGUAUACCACAACUCCAACGACAGAAACACGAAGAGAAUCAUAAUAUACACCACCACCAACAACAACAACCGCUGUACUCUCCGCCUAGACAAUACAAAUACUUAGAAAGACAACUCAACGAAUACAAACACUGUGAUGUCUUAGAUGUUCAAGAUGAAGAAGAACGGCUACUAUUACAUGACUUAUUCUUUAUAUGUAAUUAG